AUGCCGCCGAUGAGGGCGCAGACGCAGCUGGACGCGCCCAAGAAGCUCGUAAUCAAGCAGUGGAAAGUGAAACCCAAGCUGCCAGACGACUUUGAGGAGAAGACAUGGGCCAAGCUCAAGGAUGCUGUGCACGCAGUCCAGGGCAAGCGGGAAGUCACUUGCAGCUUAGAAGAGCUCUACAGGGCUGUGGAGGACCUCUGCAUGCACAAGAUGAGCAGCAGGCUCUACACCAAGCUGCAAAAUGAAUGUGAUCUCCACAUAGGAGAGAUGGUCACUGGACUGACAUCCAAGCUGCUGCUGGACCCUGUGGAAUUCCUCAGGUAUGUGGAGGAGACCUGGCGGGACCACUGCGAGCAGCUCCUGACAAUUCGAUCCAUCUUCCUCUACCUGGACCGCACCUACGUUCUGUCCAGCUCAGCAGUCAAGUCCCUAUUCGACAUGGGCCUGCAGCUGCUUCGACAGCAUUUAUCUGUGCACCCAGAAGUGGAAAAAAAGACACUUGCAGGGCUGUUGAUGCUGAUCGAGCAAGAGAGGCAGGGAGACUCGGUGGAUCGUGCUCUUCUGAAAACCCUGCUGCGGAUGUUCAGUCUGCUGGGGAUCUAUGAGAUGGGUUUCCAGGGGCCCUUCCUGGACCGCACGACACAAUACUACAGGGCUGAGUCCGAGCGGUACAUGGAGCAGGCAGAUGUGCCUGAAUACUUGGCGCACUGUGAGAGACGUCUCACAGACGAAUACAACAGGAGUGAGAACUACUUGGAUCGAAUAACACGGAAGCCGCUGAUCCAGGUGGUGGAAUACCAGUUGCUGGAGCGACACACUGCCACCAUCCUUGUCAGGGGUUUCACCAAGCUGAUGGAAGCGGCAAGGAUAGACGACCUUCACCGCAUCUACACACUCUUUUGUCGAAUCUCUGCUCAAGACAUUUUGAAGGCUGCUUUCAGGGAUUAUAUACGUUCAAGGGGAACUGAAAUAAUGCAAGAUGAGGAGAAGGAGAAAGAAAUGGUGGAGAGGUUGUUAGACUUCAAGGCCCGAACUGACAGAGUGCUGGAAGACUCCUUCAAGAGCAACUCGGCGUUCAGCCAGGCUAUGAAGGAAGCGUUUGAGAAGGCCAUCAACCAGCGACAGAACAAGCCAGCCGAGUUAACAGCAAAAUUCAUAGACUCCAAGCUCCGUGCUGGCAACAAGGGACACUCAGAAGAAGAGAUUGAACACAUGUUGGACAAGGUGCUCACCAUUUUCAGGUUUAUACAGGGAAAGGAUGUGUUUGAGGCCUUCUACAAGAAAGACCUCGCCAAGAGGCUGCUGCUGGGCAAGAGUGCAUCUGUGGAUGCCGAGAAGAGCAUGCUGGCAAAACUGAAGGCAGAGUGUGGUAGCCAAUUCACAAACAAGCUGGAAGGGAUGUUCAAAGACAUGGAUCUAUCCAAGGACGUCAUGGCAUCUUUCAAGCAGUCGUUUUUUGCCAGGGAGAAGCUUCCUCAGUUCCUGGACAUGAACGUCCAUGUGCUGACAUCGGGCUACUGGCCCACCUACCCCAUAAUGGAGGCCGUGCUGCCUGUGGAGCUUGAGCGUUACCAAGAAGUCUUCAAGUCGUUCUACCUUCAGAAGUACAGCGGCCGCAGGCUGCAGUGGCAGAACGCCCUGGGGACCUGCGUCCUCAAGUCGAAGUUUCCAUUGGGCGUGAAGGAGCUACAGGUGUCCCUGUUCCAGACCAUCGUGCUGAUGUUGUUCAACGAUGCGGACGUCCUGACUUACAAGGACAUCAAGGAGACAACGAGGAUAGAAGACCGGGAACUUCGGAGGACGCUUCAGUCUUUGGCUUGUGGACGGGUGCGCGUGCUCACAAAGGAGCCCAAGGGCCGAGAGGUGGAUGACGACGACAAGUUCCUAUUCAACAACGAUUUCACGGACAGGCAUGUCCGUAUCAAAAUCAACACGAUACAGAUGAAGGAGACAGAGGAGGAAAACAAGAAAGUCAAUGACUCAGUCUUACAGGACCGCCAGUAUCAAAUCGAUGCUGCUGUUGUGCGCAUCAUGAAGAUGAGGAAGACGCUGAGCCACCAGCUCCUCAUACAGGAGCUCCUGGAGCAGCUCAAGUUCCCUCUGAGGCUGACUGAAGUCAAGAAGAGGAUCGAGUCCCUCAUCGAGAGGGAGUACCUUGAGAGGGACUCUGGCUCAUCCGAUGUGUACAAUUACCUUGCAUAG